AUGAUAGAUUUAUUGGUGGCAAAAUUUGUUUUUAUUACUGAUGAAUCAAAGAAACAAACAAAUGAUUGUCAUUCACGAUUGACCAUGUAUGUCAAAUUUGACAUUAAUAAGAAGUGACAAUCUCAAAAACUGAUAUUCAUAACUGUGAAUGGGAGGGACCCUUACAAAUUUCUCUUUCAAUAUAGUUACCUAUUUUUUUAAUAUUAUGAACCCAUAUUUGAGAAUUAUUUUAAUUCAACUUUUACAAAUAUAGAAGUUUAAUUUAAGUUAUUAUUAAACGUAUUAUAGUAUAAUAUUAUUCACUAAUUUUUCAAAAAAAAAUGUAUUUUAUAUUAAUUUAAAAUGUUUUAAUAGAGAAUCAGUAAAAGUUAAAAGUGUGAAUAGUUUUGCUAAUGAAAGAUUAAAAAAAAAUCAAUUUUAUUUUGUAUUAAUAAAUGUUACGCAUUAAAUUACAGGAAGUAUAGCAGAAUACAAGAAACACAAUAUAACUCAAACGAAGUUAUUGAAAUAAGUGAUAUGAAAAGUUUUAAUGGUAAUAAAAUAAAAAAAAACAAAGCAUUACAUUUGGUACACACAUUUCAUCAAAAACUAUUUUAUUAUCUUUGCUUCAGGAAUUCAGGAUGUAGUAGUGUUGGUUUUGGAUAUGAAGAUCCCUUACGCCCUUACGGGAACGUCAAGGUAUAUGUAAUAGUAGCAACCAUUACUACUUGAGUCCGACUACGGAAAUGGCAAUAAAAUAAACUUCAAUACCUAAUAUUUCGUACAAAAAUUUGAUCACAGGUGUUUUUUUUAUUAUUUUUUCAACUGUAUGUCAAUAUCAUAGCUGAGAGAAGGGUAAGGAAACAUAAACAUAAUAUUAUGUUACACAUACGUACAUAAUAUUAUGUACUUCUCUGUGUUUCGAUUACCUAGGUAUGUGUAUUAUAGUAUUUAAUAUUUAUCUCUAACGAAAAAAUUUUCCAGAUGUGCUUCAUCUACAUGGACUUCCUUAUAGGGGGGGACGCUUUCAUAAUGCUCCCCCCCGAGAAAAGUGGAAUUACAUCGGCAUUUGACAUUUGUACAAAAGUUGUUGUAAUCAAUAUAUUAUUAUUUAUUUGAUAUCAUUUCUUUUUUCUUAUCAAUGAAGAUCUUAAUUGUUAUCCAAAACAUUAAACAUAUAUUCGCGGUACAAUUAUAGACAUGACCAUAACGUUCAUAACCGUGAUUUGUGGUCAUAUAAUAUAAAAUAUAAAUUCCUUGAGAUAACAAUAAAAAGCAAAUCUGAUAACACUAAAACAUCUUGAAAAUAAUAAUCAUCUGCUUAAAUAGUACAAUAUAUGAUUCUAUAAUUGUAUUGUAUUAAUAAAUGUUAUCCAUUAAAUUACAAGAAAGUAACAGUACAUUACAGGAAACCCAAAAUUGGUUUUUACAGCCAUCGUAUGACUUCAACGAAGUCAUUGAUCAAGUGACACGGAAAAUCUUAAUGGUAAUGAAAUAAGAGACAAGACAUUACAUUUUGUGCAUAAAUUGUAUUAAAACUAUUUUUAUUAUAUAUGCUUAGUACCAGACUAGUUCAACUACGUAAAUAGUAAUUCGAUAGUUUUCGACAAUUAGGAUGAACUAUCGAAUAUUUUUUUCCGUGACCGAAUGCCCUUUUUAAAAGGGAGAAUUAUUUUUUAAAUUAAAAGGACCUUUUUGGCUCCUUGGUUCUUGGGGGUUGAAUUAUGCAAAUCCUUUCGUUAGCUAUGUGUAAAAUGUCUACGCCAGCGUUUCCCAACCGGUGUGCCGCGAAAUAUCUUGAUUAUUAAUAAACGUAAAGUUUACGUAAGUUCCGAUAAUAGCUUAAAAUAUGUUUAACGAUUCUCUUAUGGGCGAUUGUCAUAAUCUUGAAUUCAUAAUGAAUAGUAUAAUAAAAAUUAUUUUUGUUCAUAAUUUCUUAUUAAAUCGUUUUAUAUUCUUAAAGCUGGUUAUUUGUUAGUCGUCCGUCGUGAAGCAAAUAUGUCAUACUAACAUUUCUAUUUAAACCGACAUUUAUUUUAUACGCCCUCUUUGAACGUCACUGAUAUUCCACGUGUUGCGCAUGUAUAAUGGGGAUCGUUUUUGUUUAAUUAAGAAACCUAAAUUAAGUGAGGAAUUGUCUUUCCCAAAUACAAGUGUUCAAAAUGUUGGUGUUGGAGAAUUGCCUAGUCCUAGUUCUAUGGAUGCCAUUAAAACCAAAAAUCGAUCACAACUGAUGAACUUAGAAAACGAUAUGAGGUUAUGCUUGUCAGCCAUACGAUCACGAAUAAAACUUAUAAUGAAGGGAAACCAGGCACAAAUUUCUCAUUAG